AUGUUUGAAUCAACUACUACGACAAGUGAAAAGAAGGUGAGUAGUAGUAACUUCAUCAACGAUGAUCUUUCAUUUAACAUUCUCUCAAAAUUGCCCUUAAAAUCUCUGAAGCGAUUUGGCUGUGUUAGCAAAUCAUGGUCACUUUUAUUUGAAAACCAUUAUUUUAUGACUAUCUUCCGCUCCAAUUUCAUAUCCAAUCAUCAAUCUUUAUAUAAUGAUACAUCUCUCCUCUUGCGAGUUACUGGUAGAGAGUUUCAUAUAUUGUCCGAUAAUGAUGAUUUUGAAUUUGAAAACACUGUCGAUCUACCAAAUCCAUUUCAAGAGGAGGAUCCAUUUUUUAAAAUUUUAGAUUCUGGUAGUAUUACCGGAAUUCUUUGUCUCUAUCGAGACCAAGAAGUACCAAUUGUAUUUUGGAAUCCAUCCAUCCAACAAUUUAAAGUCAUUCCUCCAAGUCCGGGUGAAUCCGUACCACGCUACCAAAUGUUUUUGAGUAUUAUUAAUGGGUUUGGAUAUGACCAUGUUAGCGAUGAUUAUAAGUUAAUUAAGCAUAUAUAUUACUUUCGCCCAAGCCAUCGAGAUUGUGAAGAUCUUGGCCUACAUGAUGUGCCACGGGAAGGUGUAUUAGAUGGUAAAUCUUUAUGGGAGAUAUACAGUCUUAGAAAUAACUCUUGGAAAAAACUUGAUGAUAUGAAUGUGUGCUUUGAAGGUGUGUCAUAUAAUUGUAGUGCACACAAUAAUAUUUACGGCCAGCUAUUGUAUUUGGAUGGAACGUGUCAUUGGUGGAAUUUUAUUGAUCUUCCUGAUGCUCAAGUAGUUUUGGUAUCAUUUGACUUGGUCAAUGAGGUGUUAUGUACUACACUCGUACCAUUAGAUAUACAUUUUGGGGCAACACAUUUGGUGGAGUUAUGUGGUUCCGUUGCUUUGAUCUCUUGGACAUAUCGUAGUACAUGUAUUUUUGACAUAUCAAUUUUAAGUGAAAUCGGUGUAAAAGAAUUAUGGACUAAACUUUUUAGUGUUGGACCAUUAUCUUGCAUCGAAAAUCCUAUAGGGUCAGGUAAGAAUGGUGAUAUAUUUUUCAUUCAAGAAGAUGGUGAAAUAGUUUGUUUAAAUUUGAAUACUCAAAUAAUUGAGGAGCUUGAUGUUAGAGGAGACAAAUAUCACCAACUUGGUCAAGUAUUAAUGUAUAAGGAAAACUUUAUUCAAUGGAAAGGAUAA